CAGUCUGCAUAGAACUAGGGAUGACUCACUGCUGAAAACGAAAGUAAAUUUUGAAUCUUAAAACUCUUCUUUCAUAUUUUCCUGUGCUGCCGGCACUUUUUGUGUUUAAAAUGGAUCCAUCCCUGUUGUUGGGAUAUAGCCAAAGCAGUUACCCGGCUGCUGCUUCUGGGAGCCAGGCAGAGGCAGAGAUUGAAGAGCCACGCGAUAAACUCCCCCGCGACUCCGCUAGAAUGUCGACAAUACUUUAUAAGCAAUCUGUGUUGAGGAGGGCUGAGGAGCUAAAAGAGAGAAGCUAUUUGGGUCUUCCAAAUCAGCUGCUGCCCACUCUGGAGGAGCUAAGCACAGCGGAGUUGAGGAGAUUUCAGAUUUACCUGACUGGUGGCCAGCUGCCUGGCUUGCCUCCUGUCCCAGAGAGCCAACUGAAGAGGGCGUACUGGCAGAAGACAGUGGUAACCUCCCAGAAAUACAGCCCUGAGAAUGCUGUGAAGAUCACAGUGGGCAUCCUGAGAAGGAUGAACCGGAAAGAUCUCAUUGAAAAGUUAGAGAGAGAUCACAAAGGGAGCACCCAUGCUUCUGCCUCUACACUGCCUCACUCUGCUUCCUCUGGUGGGCAGUCCAGCAUCUUGACAGGUCCCAGUCAGGGAGCAGAAGGGACUUUGGACGGUGGAACCUGUCUGAUGAGAGGCUUGGAUCUCUUAGAGGUGGGGUCGGCGAGGAAGAGGAGGAGAAGGUACAGACCGAAGACUCUGACCGGCAGUCUGAAGAAGAGUAAGCAAGAGGCCGCCCCCAGCUGGUGAAGGUGGGCAACAUUACCUCCUCCACACUGAUCCUCGACGCGUGGGCCCCACAAGGUUCCGUCUUCAAUCCCGUCCUGUACUCAAUGUGUACCCACGAAUGUGUGGCCUCGCACUGUUCCAACUCCAUCACCAAGUUCGCUGACGACACGACAGUAGUAGGCCUGAUUACCAACAAUGAUGGGACGGCCUACA